AUGAGUACGCACACUGGAAUCACUGAGGCUGUCCUCACGUACCAACCACCCCACCCGCCUGUGAAAGAAUUCGAGCCUCCGAGGGAUCGAGCAUUCUUUGCUGACCCAGAGAAAAAAUCACUCUUGAGUGCAGCGACCAAAGUGAAGAACUUGACGCCAUAUAUUGGCACAGAGUUGGUUGGCGUUCAGUUGAGCCAGUUGACAGACGCCCAGAAGGAUGAGCUUGCAUUGUUGGUUGCUGAGAGAGGCGUGGUCUUCUUUAGAGGGCAAGACAUCACCCUUGAUGGGCAGCAUGAGCUCACUAAGCAUUAUGGGAUUCAAGAUCGUGAUCCAAAUCAACAAGACCCUCGACAUGUCACCAUUUUAGGAAACAACAAUGAUAUUCGUGCAUAUUCCAACUUCGGUGGAGAAUAUCAUUCAGAUCACUCUCAGGAAGCCAAUCCGCCAGCAUACACCAUGCUCCGGAUGGUGCGUACCCCUGAGUCAGGUGGAGACACCAUCUUCACCAGUCAAACUGGUUUAUAUGACAAAUUGAGCCCUACCUUCCAAAAGCUUUUCGAUGGGCUGCAUGGAGUGCACAGUUCCGAGCAUUCUUAUAUCAAUUCGUUGAACAGUGGUUACCAACCUUUCCGGGGUCCUGUGAGACGUGAGCAUCCAUUGGUUCGAACACAUCCCGUGACAAGGCUGAAGUCACUGUUUUAUAACCCAUCCUUUGUUAUCCACAUCUCUGAGCUUAAGGGCCAAGAAGGAGUUCACGCUCUGAAUUUUCUCCGUGAGCAUCUACAUGCAGCUGAUGACUUGACCGUUCGAUGGAAAUGGGAACCGGGUAGUGUUGCUUUCUGGGAUAAUCGCGUUGUCGCUCAUAGGGCGAUUCCUGGAGGAUAUGACCCAACAACGAGGGAAGGGAAGCGAACCGCCAUAUUCGGAGAAAAGCCGUUCUUUGAUCCAGACAGUGAGAGCCUCAGUCAGCGCAUUGCUCGCGUUGGAGGAGAUCCAGCCAAGAAUGAGAUCGUCAAUCUCUUCUUCAAAAGCCCACACGUGUGA